CUGCAAGGCAGCAAGGGUGUUCGUUACUUCUCGGUUUUAGAACAGAAUUGAUUUCACUUUUUUACUUGUUCAUGUUGAAUAAUUAUCCGAGUUUUGCAUCCUGGCCGAUUGAAAUUUAACAAUUGGAUUCAAGUUAUCACUUUCGCAAUGAUAACGGGGUACCUUUCGAAGCUGCUGCCACCAGCACGCGUGGUUUGUGGACAGAUCCUUACCAGGAACCUGGCGGUUUCCUCCGUCGCCCUCCAGAAAGCCAGCGAUCCCAUACAGCAGUUAUUCUUAGACAAAGCUCGGGAGUAUAACCAGAAAAGCAAGGCUUCUGGGGGAAAGCUAGUCGACGCGGAUGAUAAUUUACAGCGAGAAUUAGACGAAUCCUUGGCACGAACUCUUCGUCAGUUUGGAGGAAAAACACCAGAAGAGAUGUCAAAGUUUCCUUCGUUCAAUUUUAAAGAUCCCGCACUGGAUCCUAUUAACCUGGAGCAAAAAUAAGAUAGCAUCAGUCUGAUGGGUGUCCAUUCUGCGAAACACGUUAACCUGCAUUUUAGAUAUACAUAGGCGUUUUAACAUAUUUUAAGGAUUUCCUUACAAAGCUGCAUCGAUUGAUUUUACGACGCCGCGAACAUGGAACACUUAGGCGUGACUGUUGUGUGACAUCGCGAAAGAGUUCAAUAAAGAAUUUGAGUGGGUGAAGACUGAUUCGUAUU